AUGGGAGAUAGAAAAGGAGAUGUUAGAAUAUAUGUCAUCUCUACUUUUUUCUUUGCAUGCACAAUUGGAGGAGGAAUCUUCCUUUGCAUAUACAUAUUCCUACCGGAUUCCGAAGCUGUACCGGAGUAUCUCUAUGCAGGCAUGACAUUAGUAGCAAUUCCAUGGCUAUCUUGGUUUCUCAUAUUUAUAUAUAGAUGCAUUAGGCCUCUUCAUGUCAAAUCUGAUGAACACCAUAAUAAUAACAAUCGUAGCGGUAAUAAUCCUGCAAUUUGGACACCAAAAGCUACACAAACAGAUGUUCCUCCUGUUGUUACCAGCCCUUCUGGUGCAAAAUCACCUGUUCAUUCCCCUGGUGGUGGAGAGCGUCAUGUUCAAUUCGGUGCGGUUGUGGAGAUGGGGAAUGGAAUUGGUGGUGGCGGCGAAGAACACCAUCAUAAUGAAGAUCAUGAGUCCAAGGAAGAACAAGAAAAACCAACAUUGGUAAUGGUUGAGCACUAG